GCAGCUGCUUAGCGUACACUAGCUGGCCUCACUCUGUUGACAUCGCAACUGAAGCUCACCAGAUACCAGUUGUUAAAAAAUCCGCCAUCACCGGUUCUGAUGUUCCAACAGUUGUUAGGAAGGUGCUUUUCUACAUUGCCUUAAACUACAAGGCUUCACACAUUGUAAGCCCGUUGCAAGAAACAUCACCAAUUUUUGAAGCAAGCAGCAGUUUGCAAGCAGUCAUCGCAAAUACGUUGAGGAAUCCCAUUAGUGAAUUUGGCCUAUUUUUCGCUAGCAGGGAACAAACAAACAAUCAGA